AUGGCAACUUUCAAUCCCCGCGAAAAAUCAAUAAUGCUUGUAAACACGGGGUCACUAUGCCAUCGUAUAUUUUAUACAACGCCAUUAGUAAAUAGUGUGUUUGUUGCUUUAAAUUCUAACUAAACAUAUGCAAUAUUUUAUUAUAAAUAGUACAAAGUUAUAGCAAACAUGGAAACAGCUAAUGUUGGAUAUUCGUAUCAUUUGCCUACUGGCGGCUGGAACUAUAAGAUUCGCAAUACACUGUCGCAGUUUAGCGAUUUGUUCAGCGAAUUCAACAAAUAUAUUGCACCUGCAUAUCACCACGACCGUUGUGAGAGGUCUGUUCAAAUGAGGAUUUAUUCAAUGCACAAAGGAGAGUUUGUGAUGGUUUUUAUAGCAUUUUUUGCGUGCUUCGGUCUGGGUGUGUUCAUUGGAUUAGCAGGUCCAUCACCAACAAUGACGACAUCGGAGUCCGCGGGCGCCGUGCUGAUAAACACGACAGACGUGUACCGCGGACCCAUCCACCUGCACAGCCCCGCGCUCAGCACGCGCGCGCAGCAGCUGUGGCUGCUGGCGGAAGUGAUCACCGACAACAAUGACGAGGAGAUAUUCGACAAGAGCUUCCAAGUCAGUAUAGCAAUAGACGGCGUGGUGGGCGGACAUAUCACCGAAAACAUCAUCCCCGACGCCGGGGUCACUAACAGGACUCAACAUCUAAAAUGCAAGAAACAAUUAUGCGACGAAAUUAUGAUACUCCAUCUGGGCUCGCUGGAGUACACGCAUUACGUUCUCAACAUUCGAUUCUACGGGCUGAAGGAGUUCCAUUAUCGAUACAAUAUUCGGGAUAUCGUAUUCUAUUUCAAAACGUACAAUCCAGCGUUCACUCAGAUGGAGACGUGGUUCAGGUUCAUAUUCCUUCUCACCACAUUCACUGUAGCGUGCUGGUUCGCCCACACGCUGAGAAAAUUUUCCACGCAAGACUGGGCCAUCGAACAGAAGUGGCUAUCAAUAUUGCUUCCACUGCUUCUCCUAUAUAACGACCCGAUCUUCCCACUCCGCCUGGUGAGCGGAGGCUGCUUCGCGCCGCUGCUGGACACGGUCUUCCAAACCACGUUCCUGGCAUGCGUCAUGCUGUCCUGGCUUGCCCAGUACCACGGCCUCAGACAGAACGAGAGGGGUUUCGUGUCAUUCUACCUGUUCAAAGUGAUAAUAGUUGGGCUGGUGUGGUCCCCCGCCAUGGUGGUGGCGCUGUGGCAGAAGUACUACGCGUACUACGACCCCACCUACAACUACUACAUGAACCCCAACUAUCCCGUUGUAAAAAUCAUGUUCUUCGUGGGAGUAACGCUGUAUUUUCUAUACUUAUUGGUCCUCAUAGUGAAAGCGUAUAGCGACUUGAGGAACAUGCCGUUUUUUGAUAUCAGACUACGAUGUCUGUCAAUCAUAGUGGGCACAGUGACCCUCAUCACCAGCAUCCUGGCGCUGCACAGCUGGGGCCCGGCGGCGCUGCAGGACCACUGGGCGGCGCAGCCCGGGGUGCACUACGACACGUCGGCGCCGUUCAUGGCGUUGUAUGGACUCUUCAACUUCACGCUGUACAUACUGGCCUAUCUCUUCUCACCUGGCACCGGCGCCUUACACGAAACCGCCAUCACAAAAGACAACCCUGCAUUCUCUAUGAUCAACGAUUCAGAUGAGGACGUUAUCUAUGGGUCAGACGAAGAGAGUCGACGUCCACUUAACUCGCGCUCCCACAGAGCUACGACCGAAGAUAUAUGAUUAUUUUUUCAUAAUAUUAUACGGAAAAAUAAUCAUAUAUUAUAUGCAUUAAUUUUUCAUACUAUUAUAGACAGACUUUAAAAAAUGGGCAAAUAAACGUUUGUCAAAAACUUUAAUAUGUACGAUCAAAAUGGAGAUCGGCGUCCGACCAUACAAAAAAAAGCUUUUUCAAAUAUAUGAACGAGUUUCCACACAACUAGUCAACCGUUUACAAUAUUAGUCUGUAUUAUAAUAUUAGUUAUGCAACUAUAUGUAUUUUUCUUGUUGUAAAAUAGAAAAUAAUGAACUGUUCUCUUAUUUAUUUUGGUGACAAAACCUAUUAAAAUAUUCCUAUUUGAUA